AUGACUUGUUGUUUAUCAUUUUUGACAGCAAUUUUAACUGUGUCCUUACGUAAUAAUAUGGAUCCUUUAUCUGCAGCAUUAGGUCUAAUGUACGCUAUAAAUUUAACAGAUAUCUUUCAAUGGGGAGUACGUCAAUCAACUGAAACAGAAAAUUAUAUGAUUAGUGCUGAGAGAAUUAAUGAAUAUUUUCACAUCCCUUCAGAACCCGGUCUCCACAAAGAAGAAUUAGAACUACCAACUAAUUGGCCAGUUGAAGGAAGAAUUGAAUUUGAAAAAUUUAAACUAAGUUAUCGUUCAGAAUUUGAACCUAUGUUAAAAGGAAUAAAUUUAAAAAUUGAAGCACGACAUAAAAUUGGUAUUAUUGGACGUACAGGUGCUGGAAAAUCAUCAAUUUUUCAAGCAUUAUUUCGAUUAACAGAUAAAUCAAUAACAGAUGGUAAAAUAUUAGUUGAUGGAGUUGAUAUUAAUAAAAUUAGUUUGAAUGCUUUGCGAUCAAAUACAAAUAUUAUCCCACAAUUUCCUGUAUUGUUUAGUAAUACACUUCGUUAUAAUUUAGAUUCAUUCAACCAUUAUACGGAUGAACAAUUAUGGGAUGCAUUAGAAGCUGUUCAAUUGAAAACAAAAAUCAACAAAUUAAAAGAAAAUUUAAAUACAAAAGUAGCAGAAUAUGGGAGUAAUUUUAGUGUUGCAACAGCACAUGUUGAUACAAAAACUGAGGAGUUAAUUCAAAAAAUUUUACGAGAAAAAUUUACAAAUCAAACAAUAUUAACAAUUGCACAUCGUCUCAAUACAAUAAUGGAUAGUGAUAAGAUUGUUAUUAUGAAAGAUGAUAUUAUUGUUGAAUGUGGAACACCAGGAGAAUUACUUACUAAGCAAAGUCAACUAAUCGCUGAUAUGAACAAAGAUGAUGACGAUGAAUUAGUUACAUAUCUGUAA